AUGAAAGCAUAUUCCACUGAUGGAAAGGAACUCGAGUCGCAUGUAAUGAUAGCAGGAGGAGAUAUACUUCCCAGGAUCAGAAUGAAAAAGAUGCUCUACUGUGGCUCCCUCUCAGUAUCAAGCAACUGCAGCUCUGGGUGCCGAUUGGUGCCUGCGCUUAUUCGCCUUGGUCGACCUAAUUGGAAGUAUCAGCAAACCUCAAAUUUUGAUUCGGUUCAGCUCACUUACUGCUCGUGGGGCGAGAGGCCCUUUUCCUGCCCCGACUGCCAGCACCAGUUCACCCAGAGCAGCGCCUUGAAGGCCCACAUGCGGAUAGUGCAUAAGCAGGACAAGUUAUAUUUCUGCGAGUACUGCCACGUCAGGUUCAGGCAGAGGACGAGUUUGCAGGAGCAUGUGUAUAAAGUCCAUGGGAGAUAG